AUGGCCUCCGCAGGCGCGAAGAACGCCGCUCGGUCGGCCCUGGCCAAGGCCACCCAGGCAAAGGUGCGCAUCCCCCUGGACCGCGAACACCGACUAACAACAAGAUGCCGAACGGACACUGAUCAUGCGCAGAAAUACACCCUCGAACCGCAAGGCUUCUGGUCUAAGGUCCACAGUUUCUUCGCAAUUGACCCUGCUCGAUCAUCCGGUGUACCUCUCAACCCUCAAUUCCGAAACCCUCCGCCCGGCGGUAACGACCCCAAGGCCUACGACGAUCCUGUCACCGUGCCAGCCGGCGAUAUCGCCGAGAACCCAUACUGGAAACGCGAUACCAGAAGAUCAUACCCGAAGCUCUCGGUCGUCUCGCAGCCGGAUGUGGUGGCAUUGCUGACCGUGGGCUCUGCCGCGGCGCCAAAUGAGGAGGUGUUGAAGAUUGGAGACGCGGGCAAGACACAGCUUGUGGAGGUCAAGGAGGAAGGCGAGAGAGGAUUGGCGACUUACUUCCAGAAGAACAAGGGCGUUGCGAAGAGUGUGUUGGGACCAGAUGGACUUCCACCGCUCCCUGCGUCGGUACAUCCGCAGGGCAAGCGGUAUACUUUGAUCGGCUCUGAAGAGCAGACGUAUGGCCCUAGGUAUGUACUCCACGCUCAUAUGUUGUCAAAGAGCAUCGCUAAUAAUGUGCAGCUACCCUUGCCGCACUUUUAUUUGA